GAGAGCAAACCCUGGUAUUCACUAUUUCAAGAAGUUAUUUACGGAAGGAUAAAGUGACAUAAGCCUGAGAAAGGAGGCUCCUGGUGUGUGGAAGGAAGGGGGUGAGUGUUGUGCUGCUGCUCGUCUUGCCCUCUACCCCGUGCCCUCCUGUCUGUCAGUGCCGCAGAGAGCGUCAGCCCUUUGGAACAGAAGGGCGAUGUCAGGCUUGGCUGUUGGCAAAGACGUGGAUAAGAGCCAGUGGUUCUAAUGCCAGCGGACCUGACUAGCUACUAUACAACUGUGCAGUAGAAACUAUGCAUAUUUGUUGGUCAGCAAAGCCAAGGAACAAGAGCUAUGGCCUUUGAAAUGGCCUUUGUGAUUCCACGGUAUUUUUCCUGGGUUUUAUCAUGUGGUACCUCCCUUCCAACUCAGCAGCAAUGUGGUACCUUUUACUGUUCAGUGAAGAUUAAGGACGUGCUCUUUGAUCAACAGCCAGAACUUAAAAUCUGUUGGAACAGGGUCAGGGACCAUGUCAUUCGCAGCUGAGGAAGAUGAAAUUUCCAUUUUAUGUGGUGCCUUGUACAGGGAGUGCACUCACUCUUCUAGGAACGUGUGAGUGAGAAAGAGGUUGUGUUUUGCUGACUAGAAACUCACGGUUAUGGCGAGUGACCCAACGUGAUCAGAGGGGCAAGAGAACUCAUGACGGGUUAUACCAUGUUGCGGAAUGGGGGAGUGGGGAAUGGAGGUCAGACCUGCAUGCUGCGCUGGUCCAACCGCAUCCGGCUCACGUGGCUCAGCUUUACACUGUUCAUCAUUCUGGUUUUCUUCCCCCUCAUUGCUCACUAUUAUCUCACCACACUGGAUGAGGCAGAUGAGGCUGGCAAAAGGAUUUUUGGCCCACGGGCGGGUAAUGAGCUCUGUGAGGUGAAGCACGUGCUGGACCUCUGCCGCAUCCGAGAAUCGGUUAGUGAGGAGCUCCUACAGUUGGAAGCCAAGCGGCAGGAGCUGAACAGUGAAAUCGCCAAGCUGAACCUAAAGAUCGAAGCCUGUAAGAAGAGUAUUGAAAACGCCAAGCAGGACCUGCUGCAGCUCAAGAAUGUCAUUAGCCAGACUGAGCAUUCUUACAAAGAGCUGAUGGCCCAAAAUCAGCCCAAACUUUCUUUGCCUAUCCGACUGCUCCCAGAGAAGGAUGACACUGGCCUUCCUCCCCCAAAGGUCACGCGGGGUUGCCGCCUGCACAACUGUUUUGAUUAUUCCCGCUGCCCUCUCACCUCUGGUUUUCCUGUCUAUGUUUAUGACAGUGACCAGUUUGCCUUGGGCAGCUACCUGGACCCCCUGGUCAAGCAGGCUUUUCAGGCUACAGCACGAGCCAAUACUUAUGUUACAGAAAAUGCAGACAUUGCCUGCCUGUAUGUGGUAUUAGUGGGAGAAAUGCAGGACCCGGUCGUGCUGCGGCCAUCUGACCUUGAGAAACAGCUGUAUUCCCUACCACAUUGGCGGACAGAUGGACACAACCACGUCAUCAUCAACCUGUCACGCAAGUCGGACACACAGAAUUUACUAUACAAUGUCAGCACAGGCCGUGCCAUGGUGGCCCAGUCCACUUUCUAUGCUGCGCAGUACAGACCUGGCUUUGACUUGGUGGUCUCGCCGCUGGUCCAUGCCAUGUCAGAACCCAAUUUCAUGGAAAUCCCACCACAGGUGCCAGUGAAGCGGAAAUAUCUCUUCACCUUCCAGGGUGAGAAGAUUGAAUCCUUGAGAUCCAGCCUUCAGGAGGCCCGCUCCUUUGAAGAGGAGAUGGAAGGUGAUCCCCCUGCUGACUAUGACGAUCGGAUCAUUGCCACUCUGAAGGCCGUCCAGGACAGCAAGUUAGAUCAGGUCCUGGUGGAGUUUACCUGCAAAAACCAGCCCAAGCCCAGUCUGCCGACUGAGUGGGCACUGUGUGGGGAGCGGGAGGACCGCCUGGAGUUACUGAAGCUGUCCACCUUUGCCCUCAUCAUCACUCCUGGGGACCCUCACUUGGUUAUUUCAUCUGGGUGUGCCACACGGCUCUUUGAAGCCCUGGAAGUUGGUGCUGUCCCAGUCGUACUAGGGGAACAAGUCCAGCUUCCUUACCAGGACAUGCUGCAGUGGAACGAGGCGGCCCUCGUGGUGCCCAAGCCUCGUGUCACCGAGGUCCACUUCCUGUUACGCAGUCUCUCUGACAGUGAUCUGCUGGCCAUGAGGCGGCAAGGCCGCUUUCUCUGGGAGACAUACUUCUCCACCGCUGACAGUAUUUUUAAUACCGUGCUGGCCAUGAUUAGGACUCGCAUUCAGAUCCCAGCUGCUCCCAUCCGGGAAGAGGUAGCAGCUGAGAUUCCCCAUCGUUCAGGCAAGGCGGCUGGAACUGAUCCCAAUAUGGCUGACAACGGGGACCUAGACCUGGGGCCAGUAGAAACGGAGCCACCCUACGCCUCACCCAAAUACCUCCGCAACUUCACUCUGACUGUCACCGACUUCUACCGCAGCUGGAACUCUGCUCCAGGACCUUUCCAUCUUUUUCCCCACACUCCCUUUGACCCUGUGUUGCCCUCAGAGGCCAAGUUCUUGGGCUCAGGGACUGGGUUUCGGCCUAUCGGUGGUGGGGCUGGGGGUUCUGGCAAGGAGUUUCAGGCUGCACUUGGUGGUAACGUGCCCCGAGAGCAAUUCACAGUGGUGAUGUUGACCUAUGAGCGCGAGGAGGUGCUCAUGAACUCCUUGGAGAGGCUGAACGGCCUCCCGUACCUGAACAAAGUGGUGGUGGUGUGGAAUUCUCCUAAGCUGCCGUCAGAGGACCUUCUGUGGCCUGACAUUGGCGUCCCCAUCAUGGUGGUUCGUACUGAGAAGAACAGUUUGAACAAUCGAUUCUUACCCUGGAAUGAGAUUGAAACCGAGGCCAUCCUGUCCAUUGAUGAUGAUGCUCACCUCCGCCACGAUGAAAUCAUGUUUGGGUUUCGGGUGUGGAGAGAAGCACGGGACCGCAUCGUGGGCUUCCCUGGCCGGUACCAUGCGUGGGACAUCCCUCACCAGUCCUGGCUCUACAACUCCAACUACUCCUGUGAGCUGUCCAUGGUGCUGACAGGUGCUGCCUUCUUCCACAAGUAUUAUGCCUACCUGUAUUCUUAUGUGAUGCCCCAGGCCAUCCGAGAUAUGGUGGACGAAUACAUCAACUGUGAGGACAUUGCCAUGAACUUCCUUGUUUCCCACAUCACUCGGAAGCCCCCCAUCAAGGUGACAUCACGAUGGACUUUCCGAUGCCCAGGAUGCCCUCAGGCCCUGUCACAUGAUGAUUCCCACUUUCAUGAGCGCCACAAGUGUAUCAACUUCUUUGUCAAGGUGUACGGUUACAUGCCCCUCCUAUAUACUCAGUUCAGGGUGGACUCUGUGCUGUUCAAGACCCGCCUGCCCCAUGACAAGACCAAGUGCUUCAAGUUCAUCUAGGGGCAUUGCAGGUUUUGGGGAGAGGAAGGGGAGAGUGAGGGAGAUGGCUCCCAAGGUUCCCAAGGUGUUAAGGACCUUGGGGACAUCCACUGGGUGGGUGGCCCAGACCCUCUGCUGGGAGAGGCAGCAGGAAGAGUGGAAAGGAAAUAGCUGCCUUUUUCUUGAAGUCGGCCACACUGGGCCUGGAAUCCUUGGUCAUCAGACCUGGGGUUUCCACACAGGGCACUGACUGAUAGCGCACACUGAGGACCAUGGGGACUCUGGAGAGUCACUCACUAGUUCAAAAGCCCAGGACAGCUGGUUUGUGGUUUUUAAAUUCAAUAACAACUAUUAUUAUUAUUUAAAAA